AUGUCUAACCUCACUGCGGAGUCGUCCGUCACACGACCAAUAUAUAAGGUUUAUAAACGACGGUUCUGGGGUCUCGCACAGCUGGUCCUGCUUAACAUAGUCGUCAGUUGGGAUUGGUUAACAUUCUCAUCCAUCUCAAGUACUGCCGCGGAAUACUUCCAUGUCUCUGAGAGCGCAAUCAAUUGGAUGAGCACUGGUUAUCUGUUCGCAUUCUGCAUUGCCAGCCCAUUCGUUAUCUGGGUCUUGAACAAAGGCGGUCCCAAGCCCGCUAUUAUAAUCACCGCAACCCUCCUGCUCGUCGGAAACUGGCUGCGAUAUGCUGGUACCAGGGCCAAUGGUGGAAUUUUUGGGCUCGCCAUGUUCGGUCAGAUCUUGAUCGGUCUGGCGCAGCCCUUCUGCCUAUGUGCGCCCACGAGAUACAGCGACCUCUGGUUCUCCGAUAAAGGUCGUACCAGUGCAACAGCUGUUGCUAGCCUGGCGAAUCCGCUAGGUGCGGCGAUAGGGCAGUUGGUUGAUUCGGAGUGGGCGACUAAACCCUCAGACAUUCCAAACAUGGUUCUAUACAUUUCUGUCAUUUCUACUGUCGCAUCUCUCCCAUCCUUCUUUCUUCCGGCUGGACCACCGACCCCGCCCAGCGCAUCAUCUGCCAUCCCCCGUACGCCGCUGAUCCCAGCCACGCGACAGCUGCUUGGCACUGUAGAAUUCUGGCUAAUACUUGUCCCGUUUUCUGUAUAUGUGGGGUUCUUCAACAGUGUCUCCUCGCUGCUAAACCAGAUUCUCGAACCACAUGGCUUCUCCGAAACCGAUGCCGGCAUCGCAGGCGCCAUCCUCAUCGUUGUGGGGUUGGUAACAGCAGCCGUGGUAUCACCACUCACCGACCGAUUAAAGCACUACCUUGGCUCGAUCCGUAUUCUGGUUCCCAUAGUGGUAGCCUCUUAUAUCGGGCUGAUAUUCGCUCCGUCCAGCGCUGCGGGAAUCGCGCCGUCAUACGUUGUUAUGGCCCUCAUGGGAGCGUCGUCAUUUUCCUUGCUUCCUGUCGUCCUGGAGUACCUGGUUGAGAUCACUUAUCCAUUUUCUCCCGAGAUCGGGAGUACCAUUUGCUGGACGGGUGGACAAUUGCUUGGGGCGUGCUUCAUUCUCAUCCAGGAUGCGCUAAAGGCUAGCGCGGAUGCUAGUCCGCCCUAUAAUAUGCGGAAUGCGUUGAUCUUUGCAUGUGUUAUAUGUGCCGCCGCCGCGCCAUUCCCGCUAUCGCUUGGCCUUUUUGGUAGAACGGUUACGCGGCGAAGGCUGGACAUUGAUCGUGGAGUUGAAUUGCAGGGGUCAGUAUCACCACCCCAGAAGAAGGAUGAUGAUGGGCUGAGUGAAAAUAUCCCUCAGAAGGUAUCAGCUACUACGUUAGAUGACAUUGUCAAGGUGGCUUAA